ACGGAAACCAAAUUUGGUAGAUGUAAACAAAAACAUGUUUUGAUGUGUUGCUGAUUUUUUCAACUUUGUAUGCAGAUAUUUACUUCAAGAUGGUUCGAAUAACAGAAGCUUUGGUGAGGAAGAAAGCAGAACACAAUGAAAGAGAAAUAUUCUCACUGGAAGAGAUUUCAUUACAUCAAGAAAACAUAGAAAGAAUAGAAAACAUUGAUAAAUGGUGCAAACAUCUGAAGAUCCUGUAUCUGCAGAGUAACCUUAUACCAAAAAUAGAGAAUGUUGGACGAUUAAAACAGCUGCAGUAUCUCAAUCUGGCCUUAAACAAUGUAGAGAGAGUAGAAAAUUUAGAAGGUUGUGAAUCUCUGGAGAAGUUGGAUCUGACCGUUAACUUUGUGGGGGAGCUGACUAGUAUUGAGUGUCUUAAACACCACAUCUUCUUCAAUGAACUAUACUUAACUGGUAAUCCGUGCAGUCAGUAUGAGGGCUACAGGGAGUAUGUGAUAGCCACACUGCCAGGUCUGAAGAUGUUGGAUGGUAUUCUUGUAGAAAAAUCAGAAAGGAUUUUAGCUGCACAAGAUUAUGGUGUGAUCAGAGCCAGAAUAAUUCAACAACAACUGGAGUACAAAAAGAAAAGGGAGAUAGAGAAAGAGGAGGCGCGACUUCAGGAGGAGAGAGAACAGCGGGAGAAGGAGGAACAAGAAUCUAUAGAAGGGAAACCCGGGUUUGAUGGAACCUGGUAUACAAACAUCAAUGAAGAAGACAAAGAAAAGAUAGCAAAGAAAAAAACUGAGAAGGCAGAAGAAGAGUUCAAGAAGGAUAAAGAGUUUUGGGAUACCAAGUCAGUGUUUAGUCCAGAAGAAAGAAUAAGAAGCCAUCGCAAACUUGAGGAACAGAAAGAUAGAGACAAGAAGAAGGAGGAUGAAAAGAACCCUCCUAGACCACCUCGACGCAUGUUUGCUGAUGAUGGGCGCCCGCUUAAUGUCAAUGAAGCCAAAAUAAAUUUUACACUGACAGAGGAUGAAACAGGGAAUAACUAUCUUCUAGAUUACCAGUGUUAUAAGUACCUUGACACAAGCAUGAUUGACGUCGAUGUGCAACCAAACUAUGUUAAAAUCCAAACGAAAGGAAGGACGUUCCAGCUAUGCCUGGAUCAGGAGGUUAAUGCCGACUCGAGCUUCUGUCAGCGGUCCCAGAUCUCCGGACACCUUCUUGUCACCAUGCCCAAGGCCAAACAAAUCGUCCGACCGCCGCCGAAACCGACGAAGGUAAACACUGAGAACAAAGAAAACGAAGAUGUUGGAUCCAAUAAGAAAUCGGGGAGAACGGUAGAAAAGUUGGAAGUGGACGAAUCAGCGCGGAAGACUGUUGAUAUUGGGAAUAUUGUGAAGGAGAAAAGGCAGGAGGUGGUGCCACCCCUGGGCUCCAAGCCCUUGGGUCGGAAACCAGAAGAAAAACAGACCAGUGAAAACUUUGUUGAUGACCCUGAUGUCCCACCACUAGAAUGAUUGCCAUGACUUUCAGUGUGUUAUUAAUGUUUGAGCGACCCUGGGUAGCCAUAUUGGCGCAGUUUGUGGAAAUCAAUAGCUGAAGAUUCUGGUUUGCAGAAAUACUAUAAUUUUAAUGAAAAUAGUUACAUGCGCAUGAGUGAUAAAGACAAUCAUCUGAUAUGAACAUCAUACAUGCCAUAUUUUCUGGAGACCAUUCAGGGGGAUUUGUUCAAAAGGCUGAAAAUUCAGGGGGAUUUUGAUUGUAUUCAGGGGGAUUUUUUUAGCAGGUCUAAGUUGGCGAAAUUUUAAAGUAUUUUUAGACGCAAGUAUGAAAAAAUGUUUUCACAUAUAGUUUGCUUUGAAAACCUCUUAAUUUUUCAUUAUACAGAAUUAUUUUAUGUCAUGAUUUAUCAUAUUUUUAUGAUACACUGUCAUGUCAUACUGUAAUGCACUUGCAGAACAAAAUAUGUCAUUGGAAAAAUACGUUUUCGAGACAAUUGAAUGAAAUUUACCUUCCUCCAAAGUCUUUAAAAAAAUUGUGCUUAAUUUUAUCAGCUUUGAUGACUUUCGGACAAUAAGGGAAUAGAAUAAAUAUUAUUAAUUUCUUCCUUCCAAAAGAGUAAUAUUUCUUUGCCUUUGAUAAUUACUACAAAUUAAUUGAUCACUUGUUGUAAAAGUUUGCUUUUGGAGAGUUUCACUCACAUACUGUGGUUUUACUUUGUCAUUAUUGCCUGAUGUAAAAUUUCAAAAAAAUUUUUUUUUUUUUUUUUUUUUUUUUAAAUUCCGGGGGAUUUUUAUCUCCCGCCGGGAGACCUGGGGAUGGAUCGAAAUUCCGGGGGAUUUUUCCCCCCGCCGGGGGAUAUGGCAUGUAUGAUGAACAUUGCACUCAGUAUUUUUACACAAUCAUAUACGUUCCGUUCAUGAUUGUGUAAAAAUUCCAUCCAUGUUACUGGCAAACGUUUUCAUAGUGUCGGCGCAUGUGCACAUGUCUAACUGUUAUGAGCUUAUCUGUUCUUCUGGUGCAAGUGAUCU